CUCCAGACAUCAUCUCCACGUUUGGAUCUACAAUCUCCGCAUCCAACUCCACUACUCCUCCACACUUCGACACACCACCACCAUCAACCCACCACAUCCACUUCCCAACUCUCAAAGCAACCAAUAGCACAACAAUGGCAUCUAACGGCAACCGCAUCGAAGCCUGGGACCCCAACCCCUUCACCGCCCCUCCAAACGCAAACGUCUCAAACUCCCAAACAAUGACUUCCCCACAAGCCCAAGCAGCCAGAGCCAAAUCCGAAAAAGUCAUGGAAGCGUUGAGGAAUGGUGAUACGGAGGAAGCCAAUAGGUUGAUGGGAAAGCAAGAAAAUUAUGAUAGUUUGGUGCCUGGUAUUGCGAAAUUGAAGAAGAAGUUUUUGGGUGAAAAGAAGGAGGGGAAGGCUGUUUAGGGGUGGCUGUUGAUGGGG